UAGCUAAAGAAAAUUCCUCUAGCAGUUGAGAAUCUUUCUCCACUCUUCCAAACAUGUCCUUCAAGAAAAUAGCCGCCGAGACUUACUUCCCCAAUCCCCCGGCCGCGGAGGAGGAGAAGCCCCCGGUGGUGGUGCGUCAGUACGACGAAGCGAGCGACAAGGCGGCCGUGGAGGAGCUAGAGCGGCGGUGCGAGGUGGGCCAGCCUGGGAAGCCGUCCCUCGUCACCGACCUCAUGGGAGACCCUAUUGCCCGUGUUAGAAACUUCGUGUCACAUAUAAUGCUGGUUGCAGAGUACGGAGAUGUAAGAGAAAUCGUGGGAGUUAUAAGGGGCUGCAUAAAGACUGUGACAAGUGGAAAGAGAAGUUCGAGCACUCAGCUUCCGGUCUAUGUGAAGUUUGCUUACAUUCUUGGACUAAGGGUUUCAUCCACACACAGGAGGCUUGGUAUUGCUACCAAACUUGUUCGAGAAUUAGAGGGUUGGUGCAAACAGAAUGGUGCGGAGUACGCAUACAUGGCGACGGAAUGCAGCAAUAAACCGUCGCUAAAUUUGUUCACACAGAAAUGUCACUAUUUGAAAUUCCGAAAUCCAACGGUCUUGGUGCAACCCGUUCAUCUUCACUCUAAGCCGUUGGCGUCUGACAUCAUGAUUGUUCAAGUUCCUCCCCAGCAAGUUGAAUUAGUCUAUAGACGUGUAUUUUCUAGCUCAGAGUUCUUCCCUAAGGAUAUCGACCGUUUGCUAAGUAACAAGCUGAAUUUGGGCACUUUCGUGGCGUUACCAAAGAAAUCCGUCUCAAAAUGGAACCCUAAAGCCGGAGAGUUUCCACCGUCUUUUGCCAUACUAAGUAUAUGGGACACGAAGGAGGUUUUUAGGUUACAGGUGAAGGGAGUCUCUUCCCUAACCCAUGCCGCCUGCCUAGGGACUAGGGUUCUCGAUGCCAUGGUGCCUUGGUUGAAAAUCCCAUCAAUCCCUAAUGUUUUCAAGAAUUUUGGAUUCUAUUUCAUGUAUGGACUCUACAUGGAAGGUAAAGAUGGUCCUCGACUAAUGAAAAAUCUAUGUAAAUUCGUACAUAACACGGCUAGAAACGACCCCGACUGCAGGGUCGUGGUGGCUGAAGUCGGGCAAACAGACCCCGUAAGAGAGGCGAUUCCACAUUGGAAGAAAUUCUCAUGGGAUGAGGAUAUAUGGUGCAUAAAGAAACUUGGGCAAGUCAAUCAAAAUCACUAUGACUGGCAUAAAUCUUCUCCGGUCAUAUUCGUCGAUCCACGCGACUUGUGACAUGACGUCCAUAGAAUUUCAAAUUUUUGUUUUUUUCCCCUAAAGAUUUAUACUAGAUCCCGUUGAAUUAAUAUUGUAAAAAUCUAAGGUAAGUCAUUUCUAAAUGUAGCCUCUUUGAUAUAAUUAGUUAUAUAU